AAUCACCGUUAGAAAUGUUUCGUUUUUUAAACAUACCAUACAAUUCGCUUUUCAGGCCAAGUAUUUUCGCAGCCGUUGAAUAAUCGCGCCAAAGUGAUGUUCACAAAGGAAGCUCCGGCAAGCGAAGACGACAGUUACAUGGGGUACUCGGUCGCCACGGGAGACUUCGUUGGAAACGGAGACAGUGGCACGGCUGUUGGUGUACCCAGAGGAUCUGGUCUUCGUGGCAAGGUCGUACUGUUCACUUCCAAUAUGACUAAUCAUCAGAACGUCACUGGUGAACAAAUGGGUGCUUACUUCGGUUACGCCGUUGCAGCUGGUGACAUUGAUGGUGACAAUUUGGACGAUCUAAUAGUUGGAGCACCUAUGUAUACUAUUCCAGAUAAUCCAGAAAUGUACAUCGAAACUGGAAGGAUCUAUGUUAUCUAUCAAGGAAGAGGUCUUGAAAAGUUCCGAAAAGUUGACAGCAGAGAUGGAGAGAGUAAUCGCGGGCGUUUCGGUUUGUCACUGGCAUUUCUGGGGGAUAUUGACCAUGAUGGUUAUGGCGAUUUCGCCGUGGGUGCUCCUUACGCUGGAUUGAAUGGUCGAGGUGCUGUUUAUGUUUAUCGCGGAUCGAGAAAUGGUGUUUCAGAGAAAUAUUCACAAGUUAUCCAGGCGGAAGAAUUGAACGUCCCAAUUGAAACCUUCGGAUUUUCUGUAGCCGGUAGUUUGGAUCUCGAUGGCAAUCAUUAUCCAGAUUUGGUCGUUGGAGCUUACGAAUCCAGCUCAGCAUUCUUCUUCAGAGCUCGUCCAGUCAUCAAAAUGGAUUCUUUCGUGACUUUUGAAACGGAAUCUAAACUGAUAUCUUUGGAUGAUAAGAAUUAUACUCUCUCCGAUGGUACCAGAGUAACAUCUUUACCAUUGAGGGGAUGCUUCAAAUACAGCGGUGAUGGUGUCUUAUCGAAAUACGUAUUUAAUGUUCAAUAUGUCGUUGACGUUAAGAAAACAAAGGCACCCCGAUUGUUUUUUAUCGAAGAUGAGAAUAAAAAUAUGAUAAAUAAAACGAUCACGAUCGAACGAAAUCAACAACUAUGUCGUACAGUGCAGGUUUACGUGACACCUAAUAUCCGUGAUAAGUUGACAUCGUUGGAAGCGGAGUUACGUAUAAGUUUGAAAGACGAUCAUUUACCCGAUAAUCGUCCACGAGAUCCUAGGAUUUCGUUGAGACCUGUUAUCGGUGCUACCAUGUCCAAAAAGGAUUCAUUAUCGAUUAGAAAGAACUGUGGUCCUGACAACGUUUGCAUACCAGAUCUACGGCUCAGCGUGAAACCAAACGUCGGACGAUACCUUCUAGGAUCUGGAAAGAAAUUGGAACUCGAAAUUUUGGUGAUAAACAACGGCGAGGAUGCGUUCGAAGCGACUUACAAUAUCCAAUUGCCCGCUGGUAUCGAUUAUAUUAAAAUCGAGAGAAUCGAUAAAACCGAAGUACCCGUACAAUGUUCGGCACCUAAACAAUCGAACAACAAUACUUUGCGUUGCGAUAUCGGCAAUCCUUUACCUCAAACACAAUUGGUCAAUUUCAAAGUACUCUUGCAACCUGUUACAUCUAGCAGUAUGGCACCGUCCUACGAAUUUUAUAUGGAAGUAAAUACAACCAAUCCUGAAAAUGAUACGACCACCGGCGACAAUAGUUGGCACUUAUCCUUACCGAUUUGGAUCGAAACGGAAUUACUCGUGGAAGGUGAAAGUCGACCUAAAGAGAUCUAUUACAAUCCUUACAAUUACACCGGAACGAACGUUACGACUGAAUCGGAAUUUGGACCAGCGGUCAUUCACAAUUAUAUUGUAUAUAAUCAGGGACCAUCGGAUAUACUUGAAGCAGAAGCAUUUCUUAUAUGGCCAGCUCAAACUCUUGCUGGUGAAGAAUUGUUGUAUUUGAUUGAGCAACCGGAAACGACUGGAUCGAUUGCUUGCGAAACGGCGAAUGCUAAUUACCUUAGCCUCCAGCUUGAGCAACGAAAAAGGCCAUUGCAAAAUUAUCCUGAUCCGUCUGGCGUCAUUUUGGACGAGUCGCAUUCAGGCAAGACGAUCAACGUACAAAGAGGUUUUGAAACGAUGCAAAGUAAUAAUAAAUCGAAUCGCAAGGAAGAGAGUGACGUAAACAGUGGGGACAGUUCGGACAUUCAAAAAUCACGACACUCUUCGUCGUCCUCUACGAACGUCAUUAACAGCGAAACCAGAAGGAUACAACUUACAUCUAGUGGAGAACAACCCGGUGUAAUAACCACCACUUAUACGCAAAACAGUUCUGGUGUGACGAGUAGUAGUAGUAGUAGUAGUAGUAGUAGUAGUAGUGUUGGUGGUGGUAGUACAUCCGAUGGAAUAUCUGGUGUUAACAGGGGAAUUAUUUUCCAUUCAGACUCCGAUGGUUAUGGUGGUAGCUCAACGAAUAUAGGAAGUGGAUUACAUACGACAGUUCAAGGAAAUCAUUUCGAUCCGAAUUUAUCAAAUUUGGAUACAUCACGUAAUGGACAUUCAAAUUACAGUAGAAUUAUUGAAAGUCGUUGGAAGGAAGGUGAUAGGAUUGCUUAUGGAAAUCAAGAAAGUUCAUUUUCUUCAAUGCGUACUCCGACGGUGCGUGUCGAUGAAAGUGAAAAUAUAAGACCGCAUGAAGAAUAUAUGAGAAAACAAGAAGCAGAACGUCGCCAUCAGGAGGAAAAAAUGUCGAGAAUCGAGGAAGAAUUGCGUUUGAGAAGGAUACAAGAGGAGAGACGUUUGGAUGAAAUAAAACGUCAAAGAAUAGCGGAGGAAGAACGUUUGUCUCGACGACAAAAAUAUGAAGGUUUGCUCUCGCAAAUACGACAGGAGGAAGAACGUCGUAUGAGGGAGCAAGAACGUAUGAGAGAGGAAGAACAAUUAAGACAAAAGGAAGGAAAAGAAGAAGAGUAUGAUUACGAUGAGGAAAAGACUUAUGACGAUAUUUUGGAAAAUCGUGAUACAGAAAGACAAACGGAAUUCAUAACUGGUGAUAGAGAGCAUGUUGUUGGUAGCAGUGAAAUAGAAUUCCGUUUGCGAAACGUUAGCUCUACUCAAGAACUAGAGAAAGUUCUUGGAUCCUUGUCGAAAGAAGCGACUGGUUAUCAAUCAUACAGUAGGCAGGGAAAACAAUAUGUUCAGUUUAUGGGACGAUUUAGAACAUCCGCCGAUAGGAAAGAAUACAUAGAAUUCCAGGAUGGUUCGAUGUUCCCUCUACAGGAUAAAAGAGGCGUACAAAGUUAUAGUUCUGAAUCAAUCGAACCACAAGAUAGCCGAUUUUUGAGAAUAGAAGGUCAGCUUUUGAUUGGGCAGGAUAGGAAAGGAUAUAUCGUAUUGAAAGAUGGUCGCAGAUUUCCUUUACAAGGAUCUUACACUUAUACGGAAGAACGUACUUACGCUAUAGGUGGUACUCCAGCUAUCAAAUCUUCUGGCAGAUUCCAACAAACAGGAUCCAAUGUAGAUAAAGAUUACGAAAGCCGAUUUAGCUCGCACGUUGACGAACACAAACGAAUGGAGGAUAGACAAGUCGAUACCAGAGUCUAUGGUAGAAAUCGUUUCGAUCUCGUUGCUGAGAUUGAUCCAAAUCAUCUCAAUUCAAGAUUUAGGCGAGAGAAUGACGAUGCAUUGAGCGUAGCCGAGUUUAGAAAAUUCGAAGAAAUGAAUAAUAGACAUCGUCGACAAAUCGACGAUAAUAUUUCCACGGAUGAAAUUAAUCCUAUCAUUCGACAUCCGAAUCCUUGUAAUACCACAAAAUGUGUCAUACUACGUUGCGUCCUUGGUCCUUUGAAAAAGGAUCAAGAGAUAACUAUCGCAGCGAGGUAUCUCGUUAAUAUCAGAACUUUGAAGAAACUUGCGUUUCAAGAAAAAAUUAAGGUCUCCAGUCAAUUAGUUGCACGUGUUACAAAGCAACCCUUUAUCGGUACGCCAGUUGAACAAGUGGUGAAAAGUCAAGAAAUUUAUACGAACAUCGAACCGACCGCUGUUCCGUCCUCUCCAGAUGUCAUUCCACUUUGGAUAGUAGUUUUGUCGGCGUGCGCCGGAACGAUAAUCUUACUACUUCUCAUCUACCUACUUCAUAAGUGUGGGUUCUUCAAAAGAAAUCGACCUUCCGAUGCACCCGAGAGGCAACCCUUGAACAGGAAUGGUCACUUCCAACAAGGUGAAGAACACCUUUAAAAAUGUGGCACCUCUCCUAACAGAGAGAGAGUCUUCAAACUUUUCUCGCUCUCUCUCUCUCUCUCUCUCCCUCCCCCUCCCUCCCUCUCUCUCUUGCCCUCUCUUUUUCUCUCUUCGAUCGAAUCUUUUUUUCCACGUUUCGAUCGUGCAUUGGAAAUCAUGAAAUAAGUGCCUUAACGUUCUCGAUGUCCAGCUAAAGGAGGAGAAAAUGAAUCUAGUGGAUUUAAUUGUCUUGAGACAAACGUAUAAACGGCUGAUGAAUAGAACGAUAUAAUAAUGCCGUGAGAUUUGUUGUCGUUCAUACACAGCAAUACUGCCACUUAAUACUCCUUCCAGCUCCUGCAGCAGCUCGAUCACGCAAGUUUCUAGUCAGGAGAUGUUUUCUUUUUACGUGUAACUUAAUUACUUUGAAGCCAUACCUUACGGGUCAUCAGAAGCGAGAGAAAUUCAAAGUUUCAUCUUACCUUUCCUUUCUUUUUAUUUUCUUGCUCGACCUACGAAACUGCCUCUGUAUUUAUUUUAUUUUAUUUUGUUUCUUUUCUAUUCUUUAUUUUAUUACAAAGAAACACAUCAUAUAAAUAAGUAAGAUCAGAUAAAUAUUAAGAAGCGAGAGGAAAGAAAGAAACAAAUGUACGAGGGUGGAUUGCAAAAGUGAGUUAGACCAAAAAAAAAGAUCUUCAUGUUAGGUUCAAAACUUUCCAAACCAUUCGCGUAAAAGAGUUUACCUUUCGAAGGAUCUCAUUUGCUUCUACGAUCAACAACGCUUAUGUUUGGGCUCCUCGUUACAUCUGGAAAGCAGGCUUGGCAGUACGCUAAUUUUUCAUAUUAUUUAUUAAAUUUAUAUAUCUAUGUAUGUAUACCAAGUAACAUAUAACAGAGCGUCAUUAACAUAUGAGAAGGGCUGCAGCCAUGCCCCAGGUGUGUGUAUAAUUUUGUAAAUUAUUAAUUAUGUUAUUAUAUACUUACGUACGGAAAGUAAGUUUUAACGCACAUCGUUUGACUGAAAUGGAUAAAAUCAGCAACCGAUAAAAAAAAAAAAACACAGAAAAUAAUUUUGUAAAUACAACAUUAAUCCGUAACAUUAAAGAAAAAAUAUAUAAUGAUAUUAAUAUUAAUUAAAUGCUGUUAUUUUUUUUUGUCGUCACUGAUUGCGUACUAAAUUUAUAAUCUAAUUUAAAAGGUCUUAUGUGACACAUAAGAGAAAGUUUAUAUAAAAAUAUAAAAUAUAUAUAUAUAGUAAUUAAAAAUAUUAUGUUGUAAGAGAAAAUGAUGUAUGUAUUAAUUAAGUAAACUACUUAAGUAAAUACUUACAAAUAUUAUUAUAAUGAUCUAGCACGAAGAUUCGAUCAUUUGUCUUCUCGAUCUUUUUAUUCAACACGAUCAUCUUAAUCUGUGAACAAGACUUUGGAAAAAUGUCGUAUCAAAUAUUACGUUAGAAUUGAUUUAUAUUAUAAAAAUGUAUUUAUUUAUUCAUUCAUAACGUCAUUCGCGUUCAAAUGGGAGACAAUAUUUGCAAUAGACUUUGACUUUAUUUUUAAUAUUUUCUUUUCAUUGAUAAAAUGUAUACAAAAAUAACUUA